AACAGCAGCAGCAGAUGUUCAGACUCAGAGCGCAACAGGCGCGCAGACAGACUCACACACGGGCGCGCGCGCACUAAAAAAAAAAAAAAAAAAACUUUGGGAAGAAAUGAACUGAAGAGUUUGUUCCGUAACCAGAACCUUUUUUGUUAAUUGUCGGAACGUCCUUUGGUCCAAAGCGCGAACUUGUAAAUACUAAUAGGAUAAUAAUAAUAAAAAUAAUAAUAAUAAUAAUUUUCGGACUAUGACUACAGAGGGACAGAACCGGAGGAGUUCCCGGUGGAGCGUGAGUGUGCUGUUGUCCGUGCUCGGCUGCUUGCUCAACUCGGCGGACUGCUAUAAUUUAGACGUGGAUAAUGCGGUGCAUUUUGGAGGACCCAACGCAUCGUUAUUCGGUUACUCGGUUCUGCUCCAUAAACACCGGCAGAGCGCGUGGUUGAUUGUUGGAGCACCAGUUGCUGACUCCACGCUUUACACCAAUGUUCAAAAACCUGGCGCCAUUUACAAGUGCGAUAUUUUAACGAAGAGCUGUAAGCAGCUCCAAACAGGUGUGGAGCAGUGUGGGAAAACAUGCCUGAGUGAAAGCGAUAACCAGUGGCUUGGAGUCAGCCUCUCCCGAAGGCCAUCCAACGGUGAUGUACUGGCAUGUGGACAUCGCUGGAAGAACGUCUUCUUCUCGCAAAAAGACCAUCAAAACAAGCUGCCGCAUGGCGUGUGCUUCCAGUUCAGCUCAGAUUUUAGCCGCACAACCCACUACAUCCCUUGCUACAGAGAUCAUCAGAGGAAGUUCGGUGAAGACUAUGGAUCCUGCCAAGCUGGGAUUUCAAAUUUCCUUACUGAGGAUCUGAUGAUAAUGGGAGCUCCUGGUAGCUCUUACUGGACCGGCUCGGUUCUGGUCUACAACAUGUCCAGUAAGGUCUUUGCUGCCUACGUGGAUGAUGAUAACACGGUGCUCUAUGGCAGCUACCUCGGUUACUCGGUCAGUGCUGGUCACUUUCUGUACCCGAGCACUAUGGAGAUCGUGGGUGGUGCACCACAACACGGCCAGACUGGCAAAGUUUACAUCUUCACAGUGGAAGGCAAUACUCUGAAAAUCCUGAAUGAAACGAGCGGCUCUCAGUUGGGCUCGUACUAUGGAGCGAGUGUGUGUGCGGUCGACCUGAACGCUGACGGACUCUCCGAUCUGCUGGUCGGGGCGCCGAUGUUCAGCACCUUGAGAGAGGAGGGUCGCGUUUACGUCUACAUUAACCAGGGCCAGGUUGACAUGAGAGAAGCAGAGUUCAUGCUCAUGGGCAGCGAUUCGUACGCAGCUCGGUUCGGACAGAUCAUCACUGACCUCGGGGACAUCGAUGAUGACGGCUAUCCAGACGUGGCCAUCGGAGCACCACAAGAGGAAGACCUACGUGGAGCAAUUUAUAUCUACAAUGGGAGAAAGAGCGGUAUAACUUCCAGCUUCUCACAAAGGAUAACAGGUUCGGUCCUCGGCCGCAGCCUCAGCAUGUUUGGACAGUCCAUUUCCGGAGGCAUCGACGUAGAUGGAAACGGUUACCCAGACGUAGCAGUGGGAGCUUUUCUGUCCGAUGCUGCGAUGGUGAUCCGGACUCGUCCAGUAGUGACGGUGGAGGCAUCGUUGUUUCUGCCGGUCAGUGUGAAUCGAUCGGUUUCCUCUUGUGUUGAACACGGUCUUCCUGCUGUGUGUAUGGAGGUCAACGUGUGUUUCAUGGUCCAGGGAAAAGCCAUCCCCGGACUUAUAGAGCUGAAGUACAACCUCAGUGCAGACAUUAAGCACAAGGAAGCGUUCCCAUCUCGCUUCUACUUCCACGCUAACGGCACGUCCAACGUCACAGAGGGUCGCGUCAGGGCCAGGCAUGGACAAACAACCUGCAGCAAGCAUCAGGCUUUCAUGAGGAGAGACGUGCGUGAUAUUUUCACGCCGUUGUAUUUCGAUGUUCAGUAUGAGCUGGGUGAGCACAGUGUCCAGAGCAGAGCCUCCAGCAGCCUUCUUCCGCUCAAAGCCGUUCUACAGCAAAGAGACGGACAAACAAACCGAGUCACAAACCAGACUCAGUUCGCCAGAUAUUGCGCUUGGGAAAACUGCUCCACAAACCUGCAGGUUGCUGCACAUCUGGUGCUUCCACAGUCUUGGAACAACAUGCCGUUUUUUGCUCUGGGAAACGGGAAGACCAUCAUGCUGAACACCACACUUCUCAAUGUAGGAGACGACGCCUUCCUGCCCAAACUGCACGUCCAAUUCCCCAGCAAUCUUCACUUCAUCAGAGUGCUGGAUGCAGAGGAGAAACAUGUAAGCUGUGAGAUCAUUGAAGAGGAGAAUGCGACCACCACCCUGGACUGCAGCGUGGGAAAUCUCUACAUACCAGCUCUGUCAAAGCUCAACAUCAGCUUUCUACUGGACGUGAACCAAAACAGCAGCGCUGGUGACCUGAGCAUCAGCAUCAAUGCCACAAGAGACAAUUACGAAAACGAGGACCUUCUGCAUGAUAACGUAGCCUACCUGACUCUGCCGCUGAGAUACGGUGUGGAUUUCAACAUCCAUGGAUUUGUGUCUCCAACAUCAUUCAUAUUUGGGGACCCUGACCUGAUGCCAGUCGACUGCUACACCCAGAAGGUUAAUUACACAUUUAAGGUGAUGAACCUCGGUCCCAGUAAAGCUCUCGACGCCAAAGUGGAAAUAGACAUCCCUCAGGUUCUGGUUCCGUAUCCGGAUCGACUGAUCCGAGUCACAGAUUUACAGACAACUCAAGGCCAUUGCCAUGUGAAGAACAGCAGCUGGCCACUGAAGGACGACUGUGACGUUCAGAAAGCUCCCUUUUAUAAAGACCUUGUGUUCUACCUGUCAAAACCAGCAAAGCGUAUAAUGUAUUGUGUUCGAGUGGACGGAGCCUGCAUGAUCAUCCAGUGCAGCUUUGGCAACAUGGACAUGGGCAAAGAGGUCACUAUCAAUAUUGAAGUGGAGCUUAACCCCACUGUUCUUCAGAUCAGCCCCGGGAGACAUGCUAUAAUGCAGAUGAACAGCACCAUAUCUGUCACAUCACCAGUCAAAGACAUUAACACCAUCAUCAUGAAUGAUGACAACAGACCUAUUGUGAAGCUAGAAGCGCACAACAGCCGGAAGCUGCCACCGAUUGUGGAGUACAUAAUCAUUGGGUUCAGUUUGUGUCUGGGUCUGUUCAUCUUUGGCAUACUGGUCUUCUGCCUUUGGAAGGCCGGCUUCUUCAAGCGGAGAUUGAAAGAGAAAAGGGUGAAGAUUGAGCGUGACAGCUGGGACUAUGUCCCCAAGAACGAGAGCUUUUCAUAAAACACGGAAGAACUUCAGAUAGUGAAGACGUCAAGUGGGACAAAUCAGGAAUAAUAUGGAACCCGAACAUUUACUUUACACAGUGUGGACUUGAUGUUCCAGACUGGGAGCUUGAGCUACGUGGCUGUGCGGUUUGUGAGACCGCACCAGCGUGACUGUGUUCAGGACCAAACCAAAUGCACUUUUGGCAGAGGGCGAGCUGAACUGCACACGAGUGAGGAGACUGAGAUUUUCGUCUUGAGUGAACGGGACAAGGGCGUUGGCAAGGGGCGGAUGGACAGUAUUAGAGUCUGGACGUCACUGAACACGGCUGCCAUCGAGAGUGCCUGCUGUAAAACAGAAACCCUGCACUACUGAGCAAUGGAUGAGUCCAGAGUCUCAGGUGUCAGGAGUUCCCCUCACGACUAGAAAUGCAACAAACUGAGUCUACGCUGAAGGGAAACACUGUGCUGUCCCUCUCUCACUCUACUGUCUCAGUUCAUCAGUUUGUUUUCUGUCUCUCUUGCAAUCACUUUUGAUUCUUUUUUUUUUUUUCUGCAUCCGGCUUUCAUAUAUGCUUUCUCUCCCUUCAUAUCCUUCCAAACCUACCUCCCUCUCUCUCUCUCUCUCUCUCUCUCUCUCUCUCUCUCUCUCUCUCUCUCUCUCUCUCUCUCUCUCUCUCUCUCUCUCUCUCUCUCCCCCUCCCUCCCUCCAUCCAUUUCUGUCUCCUGCUGUUGGGUGGAAUGGUUAAGAGUUAGGAUGGAGACAGUGUGGAGACACCAGAUGGAAGGAGUGUGUGUGUGUGUGUGUUGGCUCACAGCCACUGAAACAGUGCUGGAGACGAAUGUUAAGACUGAUGCGUGUCUGGCACACGGCCACCGAGAGAGAGAGAGAGAGAGAGAGAUUACACACUACUGUGUGUCAAAUUUUACCCAAUGAGUGACCACUGUGUGUGUGUGUGUGUGUGUGUGUGUGUGUGUGUGUGUGUGUGUGUUUCAGGGAGUCACACGCAAAAGCACAUUCCAUUUCUGUUUCAAAUCACUGUGUUUAUUAAAUGAAUGAAUAGAAUUGUGUAACUUUUUUAUUUUCAGAGCAGCAGAUUUGUGUGUAAAAUUCUAAAAGAGUGUGUGUGUGUGUGUAAAGAGGCAUUUGUCCCUGCAUGUCCUCUGCUAUUAUUUAAGUACUGAUGCACUGGACUGUACUGUGUAUAAUGUGUGUGUUUUCAACUAAAUGACUUUUCUAUUUA